AUGUCUCACCCUCAAAGCCGGAGUAUAUGGGCAAUGAUAAUAAAAAAUUUCAUCAAUUCCUUAAAACCUAGACAAUUUAGAGGAACUCUCGUUGGUACAGAUUAUUUCGGCAAUCAAUACUACGAAAUUCCAGCAGAUCCCUCAGUCGGUAAGACUCGCUAUAGUCGGUGGUUCAAUCCACCAAAAAAAGAUGAUUUCAUGCAAGAAUUGCCGGCAGAAUGGGAGUCAUGGUUGCGAGGAAGAAGGAAAAUUCCACCGACUGACGAAGAGAUUAUGAAAAACGUAGCCAUUAUGCAAAUGAAAAAGAAAAAUGCCAUUAAAGUGAAUGCAGAAGCAGGUCAGAUAACACCAAUGACAAAAGGUUUUGAAUCAUUUCCGAAAAGAUAUGAUUACGAAUCUGUACCGGGAAAAGGAAAUUAUAGUAGUUAA